AUGGCAAUGAUCUCAGAAUCAAGAUGCUUGCUUGAAGUUUACAGAAUGAUCGAUGAGAGUAAUGAUGCCUUUGAUGGUAUGCAAGCCAGCCAAGCACAUCUGACUAGCCAGGCUUUUGGGGACCGGGACCUGAACAGUCAACAUGCUGGCAAUUUACUUGAAGAAAAUAUAUCUUUUGGGGUAGGAGUCAGUGUCUACCCAAGGCAAGCACAGGCAAGAGCUGGAAACAUGCAAGACUCGAGUUUGAAGCUACAACCUCAAUGUUUUCCAAAUACAAUGAAUCUAUAUGACAACCCCUCUACACAUUUAUCCUUACCAGUCCACGGUAUUCUGGGCCUGGCAGCCUCACUAGUGAACCACAAUGGUUGGGGUCUUCACCAAGAUCAUGAUUAUGUUGGUACUUCCAAAUCUCAAUUGGAGUUGUCACAAGAAACAAGUUAUCCUAUCAUAAACUUGAGGCACAAAGACACAGCAGAAGAAAGUGUGUUCAAAGCUCCUAGAGCUCCUAGUACUACUGAUAAGGGUGCAAUUACAUCUGAUCCUCAUCAAUCAAUGUCCAGUUGGGGUUAG